UCAGCAGUAAACAAAGUGUGAGAGGAUUAUCAUGGCUACAGAGGUGAUUUUGCAGACCCUGCCACUGAAGGGGGGACACCUUCCUGCAGUAAAAGCAGGAGGGAUGCGGGUCACCAAAAAACAAGGGAAUGAAGACAGUGGGACAUCAGAGAGGAAGAAAUCCACAGCGGACAAGCCAAGCCCUGUGGUGAAUUUAACGAAGAUGCAGGCUGUGAAUAUUCUGGCUGGGGCUCUGGAGAAGCUGAGUCAUAACUAUCCAGAAGAGGCACAGAUUGCGCAUCAGAAACCCCGCCCCACUGUGGAGAAGGUCACUCCUCCGAAGAGACUCUAUAUUAUCCAGCAGCCACGUAGAUGUUAGUUCAGAUGUAUGAAGUGGCUUGUUGCUGAUGUUCUCCAGGAGGGACCAACGUUUUUGUCUACAGGGAAAAAAAUAUUUUGUAUAUUUCCAAAAUAAAGUUGUGAUAUUG